GCCCCCUGAGCCUGGGUAGCGGCGCGAGGGCCGAGAGAACCGUGCGCUGAGGGAAGGCGAAAGAGUAGGUUGGGGCGGCCACGGCGGCCGGCACGGGUCACGUUUCCUCGGGAGGAACGAUGUGAGGGAGGGGUCUGGCAAGAGAUUGGAACUCCGGAGGCCGGGAGAUCUUGUGGCUGAAACCCUUCGUAUGCGCGUGGAAACUAGUAUCUAGUGAGGGGGUUGGGCUGGCGCGCAUUGAUCCCAGACUUUCCGGAUCUCCUGCCUUUAGAUCGGGCCGGUGUCGGGGCCUGUAGGCCAGUGAGGCUGGAGCCAGUUAGAACUAGAACGGGGAGCGAUUAGGGCCAAACUUUGUCCAGGGUGGAAGCGAGCGGGCCCGCGAAAUGGGGCCAGCCUGGGCAGCCGACUGUGUCGUUGCCUCGGGGCCUUUCCAGGCACUGGCCUAAGUCCUGGCGAUAAAGUCCGACCGAUUUCCUUGUGGGCGUUUUGAGGCUUUCGGUGAUCUGGCCCGUCUGUCAUUCAUUCUUCAUUCAUUCAUGUGAUGAAUACAGUACUAAGCGCGGCUAAUUACUAGGUAGAGAAGCGAUCAAGACAAACACUGUUCCUGCGGUACAGGGAAAAGUGAUGGGCUGUAGAAUGUAGAAACCCGGGGCGGAGAACAGGGACAGCUUCCGGAACUAAAUCGCGGGCCCUGCUCAGGAGUGGUGGGGAGAGUUCCAAAGAGAAGACAGCACGUGCCAAGUCCUGGAAGGGGGACAGAGGCCGACAUGUCCUGGUCACUGAAGAUACCUCACUCUGAAUCUGUUUCAUGCCCAAGGAAGAGAUGACAGUGGCCGAGGCUAGGCUACAAACACUGGAAAUGGAGAUAAAUAAAGGAAUUCAAAGUACUAUAUACUUAGGCAGCAAAAUCCAUAGGAUUUGGGGAGAGUGAGAUGUAGGAAAGAAGUACUCAAAGCUUGGUACCUGGGUGGGGGUUCAUCAGAGGAGAUGCAGAUUUGUGGGAGACAACAACAAAUUCUAUUCUGAUUGUAUGGAGACUCGCAGGAAGCAAUUGGAUAUUCUAAUUUGAAGGUGUUGGGAUGGCCACCAACUGGGGGAGCCUCUUGCAGAAUAAACAGCAGCUAGAGGAGCUGGCACGGCAGGCCGUGGACCGGGCCCUGGCUGAGGGAGUAUUGCUGAGGACCUCACAGGAGCCCGCUUCCUCGGAGGUGGUGAGCUAUGCCCCAUUCACGCUCUUCCCCUCACUGGUCCCCAGUGCCCUGCUGGAGCAAGCCUAUGUUGUGCAGAUGGACUUCAACCUGCUAGUGGAUGCUGUCAGCCAGAACGCUGCCUUCCUGGAGCAAACUCUUUCCAGCACCAUCAAACAGGAUGACUUUACCGCUCGUCUCUUUGACAUCCACAAGCAAGUCCUAAAAGAGGGAAUUGCCCAGACCGUGUUCCUGGGCCUGAAUCGCUCAGACUACAUGUUCCAGCGCAGCGCAGAUGGCUCCCCAGCCCUGAAACAGAUUGAAAUCAACACCAUCUCUGCCAGCUUUGGGGGCCUGGCCUCCCGGACCCCAGCUGUGCACCGACAUGUUCUCAGUGUCCUGAGUAAGACCAAAGAAGCUGGCAAGAUCCUCUCUAAUAAUCCCAGCAAGGGACUGGCCCUGGGAAUUGCCAAAGCCUGGGAGCUCUACGGCUCACCCAAUGCUCUGGUGCUACUGAUUGCUCAAGAGAAGGAAAGAAACAUAUUUGACCAGCGUGCCAUAGAGAAUGAGCUACUGGCCAGGAACAUCCAUGUGAUCCGACGAACAUUUGAAGAUAUCUCUGAAAAGGGGUCUCUGGACCAAGACCGAAGGCUGUUUGUGGAUGGCCAGGAAAUUGCUGUGGUUUACUUCCGGGAUGGCUACAUGCCUCGUCAGUACAGUCUACAGAAUUGGGAAGCACGUCUAUUGCUGGAGAGGUCACGUGCUGCCAAGUGCCCAGACAUUGCCACCCAGCUGGCUGGGACUAAGAAGGUGCAGCAGGAGCUGAGCAGGCCGGGCAUGCUGGAGAUGUUGCUCCCUGGCCAGCCUGAGGCUGUGGCCCGCCUCCGCGCCACCUUUGCUGGCCUCUACUCACUGGAUGUGGGUGAAGAAGGGGACCAGGCCAUCGCCGAGGCCCUUGCUGCCCCUAGCCGGUUUGUGCUAAAGCCCCAGAGAGAGGGUGGAGGUAACAACCUAUAUGGGGAGGAAAUGGUACAGGCCCUGAAACAGCUGAAGGACAGUGAGGAGAGGGCCUCCUACAUCCUCAUGGAGAAGAUCGAACCUGAGCCUUUUGAGAAUUGCCUGCUACGGCCUGGCAGCCCUGCCCGAGUGGUCCAGUGCAUUUCAGAGCUGGGCAUCUUUGGGGUCUAUGUCAGUGAGGCCAAGGACCCAAGACCUGCCCACCUCACCAGGGUAUCAGAUGAAGCCCUGAUGAGAAGUCCUUUGCAACCGUGAAGGAAACUCCAAAUAGCACCAAGAGGACUCAGAACAUAUGGUUUGACAACGUAGGACUAGAAGGAGACUCCAGAGAGGAACAGAGACUCUAAAAUCCUAGCACUUUCUUGGGUAUAGUCAGUUACCCAUGUACUGCUCAGCUGGGUCCAGGGAAGGUCCUGGGUUUGGGGCUGAGUCCAGGUGAUGUGUGUCCCCUGCCUCCAUUUCUAUAGGCAGGAAAAGACACUCGUGAUGAACAAGCACGUGGGGCAUCUACUUCGAACCAAAGCCAUCGAGCAUGCAGAUGGUGGUGUGGCAGCGGGAGUGGCAGUCCUGGACAACCCAUACCCUGUGUGAGGGCACAACCAGGCCACAGGACCUUCUAUCCUCUGUAUUUGUCAUUCCUCUCCUAGCCCUCCUGAGGGGUAUCCUCCUAAAGAUCUCCAAAGUUUUUAUGGAAGGGUAAAUACUGGUACCUUCCCCCAGCUCUCCAUCUGAGGAUCAGAAAAGUUGUGUUUCCCUUAGAUGAGAUCUAGAGGCCCCCAAAUCCUUGAGAUGUGGGUAUAGCUGAGGGGAAGCUGCUCUGAGGUAAAGGUCCAUGAACCCUGCCCCACUCCUGUCAGCCCCUCAUCAGCCUUUUCAGCAGGUUCCAGUGCCUGACUGACUUGGGAUAGGACUGAGUGGUAGGAGGAGGGGGAGUGGAGGGGCAUAGCCUUUCCCUAAUUCUGCCUUAAAUAAAACUGCAUUGCUGAUUCA